AUGGCCAAAGUGUUGAGUCCUACGCUGGCUCACGCAACGCCAGUCGACGUCGUCAAGAGCGCAUUUUCGGUUGCCGAAAUCGAGUUCAGCAACUCGCCUCAAUCCAAGACUCAGAACAAGACCAGCGUCUCCAAAACCCCCAACGUUGCUUCAACCGACGACUCCAUCGACCUCAAUGCCACCCACCUCAUCAGCUCUCCAUACCCAGACUUCGAAAACCAACUGCGACUCGACCACCUGGAUGUUCCAAACCAACUCCUCGCCUUCGCUCUCACCGCAUUGAAGCCAAUCCGCGAUGACUACGCAACCGCACCCUACCUGGAGAGCUUCAACUGGCCCGAAGUCUUCGCCCUUCUUCGAUCCCUGAGCAAGCGAGUCGGUUAUGAAUGGAAGAAGCAAGACUUCUACGUCGUCAUCUUCAGAUCCAAGCUGCAGGCGAACAUCGACCGGGAUCGACUCGGCCUUCUCGAUCAAAUGUCGCACCAGGAGGCAUGCGCCAGUGGUGGACUGCUGAAGUACUGGUUUGGAAGCCCAGAUGAGGAGCGACAGAACCUGGCAACUUGCUUGUGGCGCAAUCACGGCGACGCAGUGGCGGGCGGUGGCGGGCCAUGGCAUAAGCAGGCGAGAGCUGCUGCGAGAGUCAUGUACGAUCGCAUCACCUUUCACACGCACAAGCUGAUCAUCGAGGAUGGCGCGGAGACCUGGCAGCUGGAGGCAUUUUCUAGCAAGUAG